AGGGGCGUGCGCCUCCGUGGCCAUCUUGGAGGCGGGGACGCGCGGUGCGAGCACCUCCGUACCUCCUCCUUGUCUCCUCUGAGCCGUAUUCUUAACUCCCUGAGCGCCCUGUCCCCCCACUUUUCAGCCGCCACGCAGACAGCUUCUCGGGCCCCCAGUAUAUCAUAAUUGAAAAAAAAUGAUGGAAGAGAGUGGAAUAGAGACAACACCACCUGGAACUCCUCCGCCGAAUUCUGCAGCGGGACUGGCUGCUACGGCUGCUGCUGCUGCUACGGCUGCCGCCGCCGCUGCGAUGUGUUCCACCCCCGUUCCGUUAGCUGCAACCAGUUCUUUUUCUUCUCCAAAUGUAUCUUCUGUGCAGUCCCUGCCACCACACUUAUCCUCUACCCCUCAGCCAUCCCUUCCUCCUGUGAGGCCUUCCGCAUCACUGCCUUUUGUGCCUCCUUCACCAGUUCCGUCUGCUCCACCGCUUGUUACCGCUGUACCACCUCCUGUGUCUCCACCGACCGCUGCCGCCUUCAGUAACCCUCCUCUACCCCACUUCCCAACCUCACCUUCUGCCCCGAGUACUCUCCCAUCUGCGCCCCCUUCCAGUCCUCCCACGUCAGGGUUUUCUGUUGGAUCAGCGUAUGACAUCACAAGGGGACAUGCCGGAAGAGCUCCCCAGACACCCCUGAUGCCGUCAUUUUCUGCACCUCCAGUAACAGGUAUUUUGCCAGCCCCCAUUACUCAGCAAGCCAGUUUGACACCUCUGGCCCCGGGAACUGAUACCACGUCAGCCAUUACUUUCCCAGAGGAACAAGAAGAUCCCAGAAUUGUUAGAGAUCAGGAUGAAGCAUCUGCUAGUGGAAUCUGGGGUUUUAUCAAGGGCGUAGCUGGGAAUCCUAUGGUGAAAACUGUGCUUGAUAAAACAAAACAUUCUGUAGAAAGCAUGAUUACAACGCUGGACCCUGGCAUGGCUCCAUAUAUCAAAUCCGGAGGUGAACUGGACAUUGUAGUGACCUCAAAUAAAGAAGUGAAAGUGGCUGCUGUUCGAGACGCCUUCCAGGAGGUCUUCGGCUUGGCUGUGGUUAUGGGGGAAGCUGUUCAGUCCAAUAUCGCCCCUCAGCCAGUGGGCUAUGCAGCUGGAUUAAAGGGUGCCCAGGAACGGAUAGAUACCUUGCGUCGAACUGGAGUGAUCCAUGAGAAGCAGAUUGCUGUGUCAGUAGAAAACUUUAUUGCAGAAUUGCUUCCUGACAAAUGGUUUGAUAUUGGCUGUUUGAUAGUUGAAGAUCCUGUCCAUGGCAUUCAUCUAGAAACAUUUACACAAGCCACACCAGUGCCUUUGGAAUUCGUACAACAGGCUCAAAGUCUAACUCCCCAGGACUACAAUCUGAGGUGGUCAGGCCUUUUGGUGACAGUUGGUGAAGUCCUGGAAAAGAGUUUAGUAAAUGUCAGCCGGACUGACUGGCACCUGGCUUUCACUGGCAUGUCACGGCGACAGAUGAUCUACAGCGCAGCCAAAGCUAUAGCGGGCAUGUAUAAACAGCGCCUGCCCCCCAGGACCGUGUGAGAGACUUACCUCGAUUCUGAGAUGGCCUCACCUUGAGCUUGGUGGUAAAGAAGACAUUUUACUUUCUGAAAUUGGAUAGCGUCAGUAAUCCAGCAGUUUUGGUAAUUUUCCUGAGGGCUGCAAUUUUUCCUUUCCCUUUAAAAAGCCAUGGUGUCAUGUCAGCAAAUGAAACAGAUCCUUUUAUGAUCAUUUAAUUACAUGUACUAUAGUUCUCAAAUAUGUAAGUAUUUUUAUAAGACAAUUUGAUACCAGAUUUAGAGUACAAAUUCAUAUGUUAAGAAAUUUAACUUGAUGUGUACUUGAUUAUUUUGUUUUUCAUAACAGUUAAUGAUAUGCUCCUUGAAUAUUCUUUAAAAGCAUUGUUUCUUUUAAUUCAAGAUUAAUCUGUCAUUUUUUGAAGUUUUUUUUUGUGUGUGCACAUGAUCUCAGAUCUGAUGCUGAGUGUGUGCUCAACAAUUUACCCUAAAAACACCUACCUGUAGAGAGAUGGUGCACAUUUUGUUUGCAUAUUUUUAACUUGGGCCAAACAACAGAAUGGAUCACUUUCUCUUUGGUUAUCAUGUACACACAUAGUGUGAGUAUUGCUAUGUUUUUUUUCUUUUCCUUUUUCUUUUUUUUAAGUUCUGGCAUCUUACAGAUUUAUGCUCUGAGCAUUAGGGUAAUACAUUUUACUUUUUGAUUGUUAUGUGACAACUAAAUGACAGAUUAUUGGAGUUUUAAAUGAGAAGUCUUUGAGUUUUCUUAAUACUGCUAUUCAGUAUUUUCUAGUAAAUUCUGACAACAGCCUUUAUUUCUGACUCCGUCCAUGUUUUCCAUUGUAAGAAAUUUUGGGAGGGAAUCACUUUGUUGUUUAUGGGAUUGAAUACUUCUUAUUUAAUAAGGUUACUUACGUUUGCCUUAAACACUGCUUUUCCAACCUUGUCGAAUUCUGCCUUCACUUUUAAUGGAACUUUUCAAAGAAACUUUUAUAUGCAAUCUGGUUUAUUUAGUCCAUUAUGUUGGUAAAGUUUUUCUUCCAAAUAUAUUUACCAUUUUUGGGUUUUAUAUAAAUCAGAAUUAGUUUGUCUUACACUUUUAAACUCUAUAUACGCACGUUUAAAUAACACUUAAUACAGUAGUUUCUUAUAUAAAUGUAAUUUAUUUACUCUUCUAUGCAGUUUUUUUAGAGUUAAAAGAAUUAGCACAAUCUUAUAAAGGGAGUUAAAGCUCUUAUCCCUGCACUGUCAUUACUUGUAAGAUUUGCUUUGUAUUUUUGCAGUUUUUUACAUGGGGCUGAGAUGAAUUAAGUAUUCAGUGAAAUUCAAGCUGUCAAAGUAAUGAGAGAAAAGAGAUGAAACCAAUUGUGGCAUAAUAGGGACAGAAUACUUUUUUUUCCUCUUUAUUGGUAUUUAUGGAACAGCUCAUCUGUGUCUUCUCCAUCUUUCAUGAAUAAGAGAAAUCUUUCUCUACCAUUUGUAUUAAUAUUUGUCCUUUAAAAUACUAUUAGAAAAGGGAGCUUUUAUCAUGGGAUGGCCUGAUGACUAAUUAUGGAUGAAGGCAAGUAUUCCUAAUUAAAAUACUUUUGCUACUUCCCUUUUAUUUACUGGGAAAUUUUACAGAAAGUAACUCAUUAUCUCUCACACCACAGCAGCAUUAGUAAGGCUGUCUGCUGAUGUUGGUGUUUUGGUGCUUACCAACAAUUUAAGACUGCGGUUCCCUUUACCCAGCAUGCAACUUCCCUCUGUUCUUUCUCUUUCUGCUCAUCUUCUUACCUCUCCCACUGUAGCAUUUCUUAAAGUUGGACUGGGAGCUGUUGGCUCUUUUCCUCCCUCAAGCUUCUUAGGAAAGAAAACCUGUCUUCCACAUGAUCCUUGACUGCUAUUGUUUUGGUUGAGUUUGUGAUUUAUUUAUUUUGAAGUGCUCCAGUAACUACUAACUGAAUUUUAUAAGCUUACACAUGUCUUCAUUUUAAUUAGUGUGAAAGAGAACAGGUAUAACUGCAGAGUAAUUUAAUAUGAACCUCAGUUGACAGAGGUACUCAGGAAGAUCUUGAAUUGAAUAAUCUGUUACUAAGUUUGUCCAGCAACUCUGGACCUUGAACUGUGCCACAGACUUAUGGAGUUGGAAAACUUUAAGCAAUACUAGUGGUUUUCUCUUCUGAUCUCUUAUUAUUACUUCCCCACUCUGUUCCUCUUUCUCUCAAGGAUUAAUGAGGUAAGAAAUUUGAGAUAAGUGAAUAUAUACAAAAUGGUAGUAGAUAGUAAAUAGGUAAUACAUACAGAUGAACAUGUAUUAUGUACACCUAUUAAAAAUUAUGCAAAUUAGUAACAUACUCAGGGUCAACUAAAUUACUUUAAUAUGAUGUUGGAUUUAUUUUAUUCCUUGACUAGAAAAAAUUCUUAACAGGAAUUGCUGUUCUGUGAAGCCAAACUUUGUGUUCUAGAUGAUGUUGAGUUAUGCGUAAAUUAUUAAGAAACUUAGGUUUUUACUCCCAGAAUAUGGUUUUUAAGAUUCUAUGCAGGGUGAUGUAUUGGGUAAUAAUCAAUUUUGUAAGUAUGUAAAUAUAACAAAUAAAUAAUACCUUUACUUA